AGAGAGAGAGAGAGAGAGAGAGGUGAGUUUGUAGUGAGAGAGUGGUGGGUGGUGUUCUCUGUUUCCUCUAAUCUCAUUCAUGACAGAGAAAGAUAGAAUAUGAUACAUGAUGAAGUGAGGGAGAACUCUCUUUCUUUUUUACUGUGAUUUGAGGCAUGGAGGGGGUUGCUGCAAAGAGAAGGUCAUCAACAACGAAGGAGAGGAGGAGGUGCAGUCCUACUCCCAUUCCUCCUGCUCCUGCAACUACUUUUAUUAGAGGAAAUAGCAACAGCAGCCGCAAUGGUGGUCUCUCACCCUCCACUCUAAUGGAGUUGUGGUAUCAUCUUCCCAUCCCCUACCAACCCCCUCUUCCUCCUCCACCUCUCGAUCCCCCUUAUGCAUCAUCACAAACCUCAUUCACUCUCUCUCAAGUCUCUGUACCAGUAGAAGAGCUCAAAACCGGUAGCAACCUUUCCAUCUCAGUGGAUCACCAUCACCAAUAUAAGCAGAAGUUGAACCAGCAGCAGCAGCACAAAAAGGCACUAGUUGCAGCGGUGAGGAGGCCUGAUUCUGGAGGGGAAGAGGGCCUUCGGAUUCCACUCCUCGCCAACCAUUUCCUGGUUCGUUUCGACCCCUUGCAAACCAUUUUCCAUUACAAUGUUGACAUAUCCCCCCGCCCCACAAAGGAGGUGGCCAGGCUCAUUAAGCGCAAGCUCUUCUGUGACAAUCCCUCCCUCACGUCUUCUGCCGCCUUUGAUGGCCGAACGAAUCUGUACAGUCCCAGCCAAUUCCGCAAGGAUAGGCUCGAGUUCUUUGUUGCUCUCCCGAUUCCAUCCAAAAUGGGAGAUACUCCACAAUCGAAACCGAGAACAAAACUAAAAUUCUUCAGGGUAAACAUGAAGCUGGCCUCAAAGCUCGAUGGCCAAGACUUGGAGCGCUUCUUGAGAGACGUGGACCAUGACGAGGAAGAAGAAGAUGCGAAUUGUGGUGUCCCUCUCCCCCAGGACUAUCUCCAUGCUCUCGAUGUGGUCUUGAGAGAGAACCCAGUUGAGACAUGCAUCCCUGUGGGCAGGUCCCUGUACUCGAGCUCCAUUGGAGGAGGGGCCAAGGAUAUCGGUGGAGGAGCCGUCGGAUUGAGGGGCUUUUUUCAGAGUCUGAGGCCCACCGAACAGGGCCUUGCCCUCAAUGUCGAUUUCGCAGUGACCGCCUUCCACGAGAGCAUCGGCAUCAUCCAAUUCCUCCAAAAGAGAUGCGAAUUUUUGAGGGACCUCUCCCAGAGGAAGAGCCGGGGAUUAGUCGGUGAGGAGAGGAGAGAGGUGGAGAAAGCUCUCAGAAACAUUAGGGUUUUUGUGUCCCACAGAGUCACCGACCAGAGGUACAAGGUCUUCAGCCUCACCGAAGAGUCGACUGAGAAUCUGAGAUUCAAGAGCAGGGGCGGCGAGGACAUAAGCCUGGUGGAUUAUUUCAAGGAGAAUUAUAACCAUGACAUUCAGUUCCGGAAGUUGCCUUGCCUUCAGAUGAGCAGGAGCAAGCCAUGUUACAUUCCAAUGGAGCUCUGUGUCAUCUGUGAGGGUCAGAAGUUUAUGGGGAAGCUCUCGGAUGAGCAGACUGCAAGGAUCCUCAAGAUGGGUUGCCAGAAGCCGUGGGAGCGAAGAGCUAUCAUUAAUGGAGUCAUGGGAGGACCGGUUGGCCCAACGAGUGGCAACAUGGCAAUAGACUUCAACCUCCAUAUAUCAAGAGAGAUGACUAGAUUAACAGGCAGGGUCCUCCAGCCUCCAAAGUUGAAACUCGGGGAUGGUGGCCGAGUCACAGACCUCAUCCCAACUCGCCACGACUGCCAGUGGAACCUUCUUGAGAGCCAUGUGCUGCAGGGGGCUCGCAUAGAGAGGUGGGCUAUCAUCAGCUUCGGAGGCACCCCGGAGCAGCGCUCAUCUCUCCCCAAAUUCAUCAUCCAACUCGCCCACCGUUGUGAGCAGCUAGGCGUAGCUCUCAACAAGGUCCCAACUGUGGCCCCACAAUUUGAGCCCAUGCAGGCCCUCAACAGUGUCUCGUCUCUUGAAUCAAAGCUUCGGAAGAUCCACGAAUUAGCCUCCAAUCGCCUCCAGCUCCUCAUCUGUGUCAUGGAGAGGAAGCACCGAGGCUACGCCGACCUCAAACGCAUCUCAGAGACGAGCAUCGGCAUCGUGAGCCAGUGCUGCCUCUAUCAGAACCUCAUGACACCAGGCUCUCAAUUCUUGGCCAAUUUGGCCUUGAAAAUCAAUGCCAAGACCGGGGGGUGCACUGUGGCCCUCUACAACUCCUUGCCAGCCCAAAUGCCCCGUGUGUUUGGGGACUCGGAGCCAGCCAUAUUCAUGGGAGCGGAUGUCACCCACCCCCACCCUCUCGAUGAUCACAGCCCCUCGGUAGCCGCAAUCGUGGGCAGCAUGAACUGGCCCUCCCCAAACAAAUAUGCAUCGAGGAUGAGGUCUCAGACCCACCGCCAAGAGAUCAUUGAGGACCUUGGGCAGAUGGUGGAAGAAUUGCUCUUUGAUUUCUAUCGAGAGGUAAACAAACUGCCCAAGAGGAUCCUCUUCUUUAGGGACGGUGUGAGUGAGACCCAAUUCUACACGGUGCUCCAUGAGGAGCUGCCGGCUAUCAGGGCCGCCUGCUCCCGGUUGAAGUUGAAUAACCACCACCAGAAUACAAAAGGAGCGUCUUACAAUCCAGCCAUCACUUUUGUGGUUGUACAAAAGCGGCACCACACCAGGCUUUUUCAGGCCACAACAAACCCCCAAGGCUUGCACUCAGUUGGCAACAACAACAUACCCCCUGGCACCGUGGUGGACCGAGUGAUAACACACCCCAGGGAAUUCGACUUCUAUCUAUGUAGCCACUGGGGGACCAAGGGGACAAGUCGCCCAACCCACUACCAUGUGCUUUGGGAUGAGAACUGCUUCUCGUCCGAUGAGCUUCAGAAGCUGGUCUACAGCCUCUGCUUCACCUCCACCCGCUGCACAAAGCCCGUGUCCCUUGUGCCACCUGCAUACUACGCGCACUUGGCCGCUUACAGAGGCCGCCUUUACCUUGAUAAGCCCCCACCGCUCAAUGGCGGUGGCAGCGGAUCCCUAUCUCCUGAUUAUUCAGCGUCGUUUACUCCAUCGAGGGCAGGUCCACCCCCUCAAGCUGCACCCUUGCCGAGGCUUGCCGGAAACCUCAAGAACCUCAUGUUCUACUGUUAAUCCUAAUGCCCUAGUUCUAACCUUGUGCUUAUACUAACUUGUUGGGUUCUCUCUACCUACAUAUAUGACUCUGUAUGUGUGUGUAGAGAGCUUCUUUCUCUUAACCCUUUGUUGCAAAAUCAAAGCAAGUUUUUGUGCUACUCUCCACUGAGUAUGGUGGUGGUGUUUGUACAGAUCUUUGAAAUACGUAUGUUUGCCUCAAGCACUUCCUUUUCCAAAUAAAAAAUAUGCUUCACUAA